CGCUUCCGGCCCGCCCCCCGGCCUUUGCCCUCCGUUCCCGGCGCCAUGUCGGGCCUCCGCCGGCUCCUGCCGCUGCUGCUGCUGCUGCUCCCCGCGCUCUGCCCGCCCGCCCGGAGCCUCCGCGAUGGGCCCUCCAGGAUCGCCGUGGUGGGCGGUGGGAUCGGCGGCUCGGCCGCCGCGUAUUUCCUGAGGCAGAAGUUCGGCCAUGGCGUGGAGCUGCACGUGCUGGAGAAGGCAGCGGUGGGCGGCCGGCUGGACACGCUGGACGUGGAGGGGAACACCUAUGAGGCAGGGGGGUCUGUGAUCCACCCCCUCAACCUGCACAUGAAGCAUUUUGUCAAGGAGCUGGGCCUCUCGGUCGCCUCAGUGCAGGGCGGCCUCGCGGGUGUUUACAACGGGGAGGAAUUUGUGUUUGAGGAGAGCAGCUGGUUCUUCAUCAACCUCAUCAAGCUGCUCUGGCACUACGGCCUCAACCCCCUGCGCAUGUCCAUGUGGGUGGAGGGCAUCCUGGACAAGUUCAUGAGGAUCUACCGGUACCAGAUGCAUGACUACGCCUUCAGCAGCAACGAGCGCCUGCUCCACACCCUGGGAGGCGACGACUUCACCCGCCUGCUCAACCAGACCAUCGAUGAGGCCAUGCAGGAGGCGGGAUUCUCCCAGAAAUUCAUCAACGAGGUGGUUUGUCCGGUCACAAGGGCAGAUUUCGGCCAAGGGGUCACCAUCAAUGCCUUUGUAGGUGCUGUGUCCCUGGCUGGGGUGCAGUCAGGCCUUUGGUCUGUGAAAGGAGGGAACAAACUUGUCUGCUCCGGCCUCAUCUACUCCUCCAAGGCCGAGGUUAUCCCGGGAACAGUCGUGUCCAUAGAGCCAAAAACCAGCCGCAGGCCUGGCAGGGACCCGGCCACGGUCUACCACGUCACCUACAACACGUCCUCGGGGCUCACAGGGGACACCUACGACAUCGUGGUCAUCGCGGCGCCGCUCGGCCGCAAGAUGGCCAACAUCACCUUCCUCAACUUCGACCCUCCCAUCCCGCAAUUCCUGAUUCCCUACCACCAGACCAUCGCCACCUUGGUGCACGGCCGCUUGAACACCUCCUUCUUCGGCUACCACGACCCCCAGGCUUUUCACCUGGGGGCCGUUUUCACCACGGACAACCCCAAACUGUUCAUCAACAGCGUGGGCAUGGUGUCCCCGGUGGGGGACGCGGGCGGGGAGCCGCCGCUGCGGUCGGCCGUCUGGAAGGUGUUUUCCAAGGAGGAGCUGACCAAGGAGCAGCUGGGUUUGCUCUUCUCCUCGUACGACACGGUGAAGGUGAAGCGCUGGUUGGCGUAUCCCCGGUACAGCCCUCCCGAGAAGUUUCCUCCCAUCGUCCUGCACGAGCAGCUGUACUACCUGAACGGGCUGGAGCGCGCCGCCAGCGCCAUGGAGAUGAGCGCCAUCGCCGCCCGCAACGCCGCCCUGCUCGCCUUCCACCGCUGGCACGGCAACAGCCACAGCAUCGACCAGGAGGACCUGCACGAGAAGCUCAAAACGGAGCUCUGAGACCU